AUGGUUAAAUCAAUAGUUAAAAUGCCGCUCGUUGCGGAUAAGAAGCUGGGAUUGAAAUCGCAGGUUGCAAAGUUCCGCAAGUACACAAAGCAUCCGGAAAAUUACUUGAAGUUACAGAAACCGCUAGCUAAAAAGCUAAGAUUGUUAGUCAAAGAAAUAUACGACCAUGGAACGAAGAACCCGAUCGUGGCGCACGAACAACCACUCCCGUACCUUGACGAGCUCGUCACGGAAAAAAUGGAUGAUGAGCAAAUAUGGCAGCAGCUAGAGCUCAAGAAUGACCAUUUUAUCGAUCAGGAUCUGAAGCAGUUUUUGGACGUUGUAUCGAAGAACGAAAAACGUUUGCAACUUGCGUACAGUACGAAAGCCCCUUCACAGCAUGGAUCUGAGGAAGGUUCCGGCGAAGAGAUGUCCGAUGAAUUGGACGAAGAAAACGGGAUUGGUGGAGAUGAAAUGGAUUCCGAGCAAGAGAACGCGCCAAAUGGAAAUGGAAUGGAUUCGGAAGAGGAAACAAUGGUGAAGAAAGCAAAGAAACAGAAAAAGAAGGAAAAGAAACAAUCCAAGGGCAAGAAAUCGGUAGUGGACGAUCGUUUCUUCAAGCUGGAUGAUAUGGCUAGGUUCUUGGAUGAGGAAGAUGAACGUGAAAGGCGCAAGCAGUAUGGAUUGGCAGAGAAAAACCCGCUCAUUGAGAUUGAUUAUUUUGAUGAGCAAACUGGACAGGACGAUGACGAUGGAGCUGAAAUGAAAUAUGCCGAUUUCUUCGAUGAUGAAGAUGAUAGUGAAGACGAUGAGAAUGAAGAUGAAGACCAAGACGAAGAAGAAGAUGCGGAAGAGGAGACUAUUGAAGAAGAAGCUGACGAGGACGAGGAACAGAAUAAAAGCAACAAGGAACCAAACCAGGACGAGAAUGAUCUCUCCGAUGAAGCAGAAGUUGAACGCAAUCGAAGGCUACGAUUCGAAAUCUACAAAGGAGAUGGAGAUUUUCCGACGUCGAUGGAGGAAAGUCCUGCAAAGAAGACGAUAAUUGAUCAACCCGAGUCGAGUGCUAGCGAAAGUGAGGACGAGAAAAAUGAAGACAAAACCAAUGGGCCCAAAUCCUCGUACGAACUUCGGCAGGAAAGGCUCAAGGAGAAGAUAACACAAAUGGAAUCGAAGUUGCUAAAGGAAAAACCGUGGCAGCUAAAGGGUGAAAUAUCGGCUGAAACACGACCGAAAAACUCGCUGCUCGAGGAGAUUCUAGAGUACGAGCAUACAACCCGUCCGGCGCCGGUGAUAACGGAGGAAACGACGAUGCGAUUGGAAGAUAUCAUUAAGCAGCGCAUACGCAACAAAGCCUUUGAUGAUGUGGAGCGGAAGAUACGUCCACCGGAUAACCCUCGCGAGUACCGGAAGCAGCUGGUACUGGAUGGGGAGAAGAGUAAGGAAUCCUUGGCCAAGGUGUACGAACAGGAUUAUUUGAAACAGCUCGAGAAAGCGAAUCCCGAUGCCGAUGUUCAAGCGAACGAGGAGGAAGAGGAACCGAAAGAGCAUAAAGAAAUUCGCCAGAUGAUGAAAGCUGUUCUUGCCCAGCUGGACGCCCUCUCGAACUUCCACUACACACCACGCCCGGCCGCACCGGACCUAAAGAUUCUUACCAACACGCCUGCCAUCAGCAUGGAAGAGGUGGCACCGGUCGCGACGAGCGAUGCAAAUCUACUGGCACCUGAGGAAGUACACCGACGGCCAAAGGGUGACGUCAUGUCCAAGGAGGAACGCACCAAGACGGAUCAGAACCGCGAACGCCGGUUGAAGAAACGCUUCCAGCAGACAAAGUUCCGCCGGGAAGCGGAACGAGAGCAGAAACAGCUCGAAAAGGCUGGAAGCAGCAGCUCCAAGCAGAACCGGGCACUGCAAACGUCUCUACUAAAGAAGGUGACGAAAGCGAAAAAUGUACAACAAAUGGUGGAAACAUCGUCCGGACCGGCCAAGUCUUCCAGUGCGUUCUUCUCGCAGCUGCAGGAUGAGGUUCGUUCGCAGGUUAAGGCGAAGACAGAUGGCACGGUGAAAAAGAAAAAGAAAAAUACGGACAAUUUUAUAGCCAGCAGCUUGAAGCUGUGAGCA